UUUUUUUAUAGCUAAUGAUUAUUACUCUGUUAAUUACACAUUUAUGUUGAAUAUAAUGAAAUUUUCUAAUUUUUACUAAAUUUCUUCUAUAAUUUAAUUUAUUGAAUUUAAUAUAAAACUACUAGACAUAUAAACCAUUUUGUAAUUUCAAGAUUUUUAAAUAUUUAGGUUGGUGAUUGUGUUAGAAAUCGCGCCGAACAUAAUAAUAUUUGUGUUUUAUUUAAAUCUUGAAACUUGAGAAUGAGUCAGUUUUGAGUUUUUUUUUUUAUAUUUUCUCUUUUACCAUGAAUGAAAUCGAAAUAAAUGAGGCUUUAGCCUCUUUAGAGAUAUUAAUGUCUGAAUUUUUUGCACCAACAACAAAUAAUUAUAGGAAGAGAGAAAUAGAAGGCAUGUUAGAGAAUUUUUCUAACCGCAGAGACUCUUGGAAGCAUUGUUUAGUGUUUUUACAAAAGUCACAAAAUCAGUAUGUUUUAAUGUUUACAUUAACAACUUUAGAGAAUAUAAUAAACAGACAGUGGAUCAGUUUAACAGAUAAUGAAAAGACAGAAAUAAGAUUGACAUUAUGGAAUGAGUUGAUGGCCAAACACGAGGUGAUGCUAUAUUUUAUCAGGAAUAAACUUGCUGCUCUUAUGGUGUCGAUAGCAAGAUAUGAUUGGCCAGAACACUAUCCUGACUUUUUUAGUAAUAUAGUAGAGCUUAUAAAAUGUGACGGCCGGCGCUGUCUGUUGGGUCUAGUGCUGGCACAGGCUGCGAGCGAGGAGCUGGGUGCUGCACGUGACACAGGCAUCCUGUUGCCUUCGCAGAGACGACUCCAGCUUGAGAGGCUUAUGUUGAAAGGAAUGCCUCAGAUGUUAAGUGCACUUAGUGGAAUUUUAGAAAAGAAUGCUCAGGAAGGCCACUCUAACCCACCACCAUCCCCAACAAGUGGUAUACCACAGUCAUCUGCUCUUCCAGAUUUGUUAGCAAAUGCUUGUGAUGCUCACACCACUGAUAAAGCUCUGAAUAAUGAAAUAAUAGUAAAGUGUUUGACAACACUACAGCAUUUGUUUUCGUGGCUGCCACUAUCAUCUCAUGUGCCGCCGUCUCUUGUCACCACUGUUUUUUACUGGGGCAGCAUAGCUACACAAUCUCAGAGCAUGGAGGCGGGCGUGGCGGGGCUGGGCGGCGUGUGCGAGCUGUUGUACCGGCGGUACGCGCCGCCGUCGUCGGCCGCCACCGCGCUGCGCCUGCACCACUGCGCUCUGCGCCUGCUGCGCCACCUCACGCACCACGACCGCGACCACCACCACCACCACGGCCCGCACGUGCUGCGCGCCAACCACGACUACCUGAAUAAGUUGGCAGAAUUUUUGAAAUUAUUUGUGUCUCUGCAUUUCAAAAGAUUAGAGGCUGAGCCUGAGUUUGAUGCAAUUGAAUUUUUGUCUUAUCUAUUCCAAUAUACAUUCCAGGUACCUACAUGUGCGAUAUUUGUUAAUUGUUUAGAUGUAUGGAUACAGUUUAUUGACAUACUCAAGCCUGAAGAUAUAGUUAAGUAUUGGGAAGCUCUGCAGGCGCUAGUAAAUGGAAUACUCAACAAAAUACAGUUUCAACACAAUAAAGCGCAGCUUCAGCACUUGGAUAAUGACGUAUGCGAUGAUGAUGGUGAGACCGAAUGGCACACAUUUCUGAAACAUUGCAUCGAGUGCAUAGCUCGAGUCGCAGAACUAGCACCGCUCGAUUUUUUCACUUCUGUGACGGAGCAGUGGCAGUGCCUGGCGGACGUGCACGCGCGCGCGGCGGUGCGCGCGGCGGGCGGCGGCGCGGCCGAGCCCGAGCGGCUGCUGGCCGCGCUGCUCGACCUCGCCACGCUCACACGCCUGCUCGGCCGCCUCGCGCCCGCGCUACUCGCCGAGGCGGAGAAGCAGCGGCGCGGCGGCGGCGGCGGCGGCGGCGGCAACAGUAACAGUGCAGCGGCGGGCGGCGCCCUGGUGGAACGCGUGGCGGCGGCGCUGGCGGGCGCAGCGCUCACGCGGCCGCACCGCGCCGCCGCCGCGCCGCCGCACGCACGCGCACUAGUGCAAGUCCACGCGGAGAUGUUUGCGUGCAUGGGAGCUUGGUGUUGUUACGCAAGCGAGUGUGGUGUACCUGUUCGAACCAUGGAAGGAAUCUUCGCAUCUGCCGUACCGUUCCUGAUGCCUCAUGAAAUACCUGAACCACCAUUAUUAUGUCACGCGGCAGCACACCUACUACUCAGUUUAUCGAAGAAUGUGAAAUUUAUUCACGACCCAAUAACGCUAGUUGGCGAUUUAUAUAAUCACGCGCAACGUUCUUUACAUUAUUUGGAGCCUAAGACAGCGGCGGUGGUUCGCGAAGCGCUGCUAUCACUGAUGCUGUCGCGCGGAAUGGGCGCGGGCGCGGGUGCGGGGGCGGGGGCGGGUGCGGGCGUGGCGGGCGCAGAGGCGGCGCGUGCGCUGCUGGCGGCGUGGACGGCGCCGCUGGCGGCAGCCGGGCCGACAGCCACGUUGCCGCCGCUCACCACCCUGCUACAUUCCUUCGCGCACGCCUCCACUCCUGCCAAGAAAAUAAUAGCAGAAGGCGUUCAAGGUGCGGCGGAAACGUGUCUCCGCAUGCUAUGCGAGCCGUCAUACGCUGCCGCCGAGCCGGAAAUCACAGAGUUCUUCCUCGCGCUCUUCACGGCACUUCUGCCGCAGUUAGGCAAUUUCACAUACACAGCUAUUGAUGUGUUCCUCGAAGUUGCGCAAAGGGGCGGCGGCGACAGCAGCCUGGAGCGGCUGGUGGAGUGCGUGCGGCUGGGCGUGGAGGCGGGCGGCGGCGGCGUGCGCGUGCGCGCCGUGCUCGCGCUGCUGCACCAGCACGCGCUGCCCCGCGCGCACGCGCACGCGCACGCGCCCGACCUCGCGCGCGCCGCGCACCGCCUGCUGGCCAGCGUGUUGAUCCACCGGUGGCGGUACUUCUUCGUGCAAAAGUGCGAGGGCGAGGAGAGCGCGCGGCGGUCGAGCGAGCUGCGCGAGGCGCUGGCGGCGCUGGGCCGUGCGCUGCUGCAGCCCGACCUCGACCUGCUGCGCAUCAACAUUGAUACGCUGCACGUGCUCAAUAACAAGUGGAAACUGUAUCACAAGGUGAUAUUCCGCACGGAGUUCCUAGCACAGUUUCUGUCUGUGCUGCUGGCGACGCUGGCGGAGGGCGGGUCGCGAGCGCUCCUGCGCGAGGAGGUGAUGAGCGCCCUGCACGCAAUGGCGGCCGUCGACUUCCCCACCUUCCGGCAAGCCUUCCUGCCGCAUUUCCUCAACACGCUGCCUGGCCUCUCACCACAUCAUGUUGCGGAGCUUUCUAAUUUCCCGCCCGAUACGGAUUUGCCGACAUUCACUCAAAAUAUCCAGCGGCUUAUGAAUGACGUGAAUUGCUACCGAGCAUACAAUUCACUCGCACCGGCCAACAUGCCAGCGUAGCGGUCCAGCCAGAUUAAUUUCCAAAUCAUGUGAUAUCUAUCAUAGACAGAGAGUUUAUAAUAUGCGUGUAAAUUAAAUCGCGUAAUGUAUGAUGUAAAUGAGUCAAAACAUUGCAUUUUCUGUUUUCAUUGUAUGUAUGCUUCUUAUAUGUAAACACUAAAUGUACAUUAUAUUCAAUGGCUAAAUAAUGUCUAUAUCAGCCAUUAACUGUCCACUGUUGAACAUAAGCCUCCUUUAUAAGGAAGGUUUUGUAUUUGCUACGCUUUGCAAGCGUGUUAGUAACCGGAGGUAGGUUUUUGUGGUGUUUUAAGAGGGACACUGAUGCCCAUCUUUGACCAUUAAAUUACCUUAGUCACCUCUUACGACAUACGGGAAAUGAAGAGGUGGCCCAUUCUAUUGCAUGGGUUUGACAUUAAACAUUAAAUUAGUCAUUGAUUCCAAGUAAUGUGAUGAUAUAAGUAAGAGGUAUAUAAUAAGUAAAUUAUAUUUCUGGUCACAUCAUAAUUAAGUUAUCGUUCGUUAUUUUGCUAUCUGUACUUGACUGUAUUUCAGUACGAAUGUAGCUUUUAAAACAUAAUAUAAUAUCUAAUUGAAUUUCUGUAUUGCGUACUACUUUUAGAGUCAUUAUAGCCUCUAAUUUUAGAUUAUAUGGAUAGAGCAUCGAACCUAAAAAAUGGAUCAACUUUUUGUCUGCUAAUUUUCAAAUUAGCUGACACGUUUUUUUAUCAGUUCUACAUACUUGCGCAGAAAACGUAUCGUGAUGUUUUUUUUU